GUGCUGGUGUGGCCGCAGCCAGAUGAGGCGGCCCACAAGGAGGUGGACAUACUGCCCGAUGUUGGACAGGACGAGGUUCUAGAUGCGGGGGGCCUGAGCCGAAAGGCGACGAACCUCGAAGGUCAAGUGCAUGUCAUCAGGAACCCAUCAUCGAGACUCUCCGACAAGGAGGCCACGGAAAGGUCCUUAGCCGGUGCUUUGCUGGUGCCUUACGAGGAGAUACUGUUAGAAGGUACCUUCAAACGCUCUUUGGCAGUCCGGGGGACCAUGCCCAGACCUUCCCAGCCGGUGCCACGUGCCACUUACUUUUACAUAUCGCUGAGAGAAACCUGCCAAGCCGUGCGAGACGGAGACCUGCCUUUUCAUCCUCCGGUGGCCAGAGGUCCUGGCUCGAGUUGCUUGCUUCGUGCCAUCUCCUCAGAGCCAGGGCUUGUGUGGGUCCUUGCAGAGGAUUUGGUUCCGACUCAGGACUUUUCGCAUAGGUCAUGGAUGAAUACGGCGGAGUUGGAAGAUGUUUAUAAGGCAAAUUGUGCAAAGGUAACAAAUGCCACUCUUGAUUUCAGCGAAUUCCAGUGGAAAGUCAGCGACAAGCAGAACGAGAUCUGGAAGGGACGCAGUCAAACAGCCCUGAUGCUGUGCAGGGCGGCCAGGGCAAACCUCGAGAAGAACGAUGUCAAAACGGCUGCUGAGUUGGCCGUGCAAGCAUGGGGGCAACACAUUAUGAAUGGCACAGUCUGUUGCCCGCUGCCCCAUGCACCUUUCUGCCUGGACACGCGUGCAUCGGCCACGUCCUUCAUAGUCUAUGUACUUUUCGGCUGGAUGGUUGUGAUGUUUCUGGGCUCGCUCUUCGCGUCGAUAUUCUUACGGCCUCCCAAAGAGGAGGACAAGGCGCAUCGUUGCCCAAGUUCCGUCCUGCUCCCUGCAUGCCUGCAACCGUUCAGCCUACGAGCAGCGUGCGCUCACAAGGGAUGA